AUGUCUUCGGAAGGCUACGAACCUCCCAGCUACAAAACCUGCUCCGAUGGCGUCUCCGCCCGAUGUCCCGUCGAAGCUUCGUUGUACGGCGACUACUUCACCCUCAGCGCAUGUAUCUUCUUCGUCGUAGCGCACGCCCUCGCUCUUAUUCCACAGAUCUAUUUUGGUAUUCGCGCGCGAACAUGGUCUUACAUGGUAUGGCUCGCCAUAGGGACUAUCUUUGAACUUAUCGGAUACUGCGGCCGUAUUAUCAUGAGUUCGAAUCCUUGGGUGUACAACGCUUUCGUCAUUCAACUGGUUCUUCUCAUCCUCGGCCCCACGCUCGUUGCAGCCGCUAUUUCCAUCACGUUCAAGCAUCUCGUUCUCUGGUAUGGACGAGAAUACAGUUUCAUCAAACCAGUCUUAUAUCCCUGGGUUUUCGUCGGUACGGAUUUCUUCUCGAUUAUUAUCCAGGCUGCAGGCGGUGGUGUUUCAUCUGCUGCUACCAACGGCGAGAACUCGGAUCAGAAGCUGCUUGAUGUUGGAUCUGGCAUGCUUGUCGCUGGUGUGGUGUUCCAGAUGGCGAAUAUGGUUUUCUGUGGAGGUUUGAUGCUCAUUUACAUGUGGCGACGACACAAGGCUAUCAAGAACGGUGCUGCUGUCAGAGAGGGUGACGAGUCUUCUAUGAGUGGAGGAGAUGUCAAGGUUAUUCGUGCAAGCGAUAAGAAGACCAAGAUAUUUGUCUGUGCGUUGGCGGUUGCUUAUGUUGCUAUUAUCAUCCGUUGCAUCUACCGUAUCCCUGAAAUGCAGAUGGGCUGGGGCAGCACCCUCAUGCAAAACGAAACCACAUUCCUUAUCCUCGACGGAGCCAUGAUUCUCAUCGCCGUAUGGACCUUGACAAUAUUCCACCCUUACUUCUUCUUUCCUUUCCUGGGUAGUAAGGGCAAGGCUGCGAAGGAUGCCGAGAAGACUCAGACACAAACGAACGAGGGACCUGUUGUUGGUAACGCAUAG